ACAUACUUGUAAGUUUACUCAGGGUCGCCCAGAAGUUUUAUUUGAAAUCACUCAUGUGGUUAGCUUGUGGAUGAUAGCUAGAAAUGGGUAAAAUUUAUUGUGAUAAGUGCCGUCGAAAAUGCCGCGGAGAUGUUUUGCGAGUAUCAAAUAAGUAUUUUCAUAAGGACUGUUUUAAAUGCACAAAAUGUAACAAAAGUCUUGAACAUGGCGGAUUUUUCGUGAAGGAUGGCGGAUUCUACUGUCAGGAUGAUUAUCGGCGUUAUUUUAUUGCAAAGUGCAAAAUUUGUUCGGAGGAUCUAACUGGGGAAGUAGUGACAGCCCUCAAUUUCUCUUUUCAUCGAGGUUGCUUCAAAUGUAAUAAGUGUUCGAUCACGUUCCGUCCUGGUGAUCGCGUUACUGUUUGGCAGGAGAAAUUCUAUUGUCCACAUUGUAUAAAUCAAGUAUGCUGUUCUGCAACUGUUAGUAGUGUUCCUAGUAAGAACCUUCUCCAAACACCUUUGUCUGUUACUGAUGAUGAAGGUUGUGUCAGUGCCAGUGAUAUGGCAUCGUCACAGUAUAUUCAUGAGCAGCUAAUCGAGAUGAACCAACCGCAAAACGAUUUAUCGUGCAUUUCUUCUGCUGGACUUCCUCAAAAAUCAAAAUCUAUUCUUCGAAAACCUGUCAUAGAACAAAAUGGUCUUCAUGCAUCCAAGGAGAGAGGAUACUUAAGCACAGAUUCUGGUCUCGGAGAGCGUUUAUGCGAAUCAACCAAUUUGGAGGAUUCAAACUAUAGGCAUUUAUAUGAUGGAACCUCUGAUCAGGAUAAAACUAAUGUACGUCAGGAGAAGUCUCACACUCUGUCUUUCCAUCUGUCUAGACACAGUUUAUGUGGACGAGUACCAAGCUCUAACUAUGGUCGAUAUUUAAAUCAAUCCUAUAUACAAUUGAGUAAUCAAAUCCCCAUACCGAAUAAUGAUCGAUAUAAACGUAACGUAUCCACUACAACUUUAAAUAGUUCGUCACAACCACGACAAUUUCACUUACCUGAUGGUGGUAAAAGUCGUUUUCUACCGCCUGGUACAAAAUUCUACGCAACAUUAUUUGGUCGUUCAGUUAGCAGUGCAAUCUCACCAUUGUAUAAUACUAAUACAAGUACACCACGUUCAACUAAUACUACUAGUACUGCUACUAAAAAUUGUCACCCUGACAUUAUUAUAUCACGUUCUCUUAAUAAGCCUUUUGCAUUGUCAGCUUUUAAUUUACAUGGUGAUAACCUUAAAACUGAUAAACUGUCAUUAUCGACAACAACAUCAACAAAAAAAAUCACCAGAAUCUUAUCUAAUACCACUGAUGACAAUAAUAAUUACAAUGAUAACAUUAUUGGUGACCAUACCAGUCAAUUAACGUCAAAAUCACAUCGAACAUAUAUGGAUGAUAUUAGUCAAUCUGGUCCAAUUUUACUAAAUGAUCGUAAUAUCACAUUGGAAACACGGAAAUUAGCUUGUUUACCGGCUGGACAAGAACGUGAUAAAAGUACGCCGAGGCCAAUUGAACGUUAUGAUUGGCCAGCGCCACCUGCUUCUGGUGUUGUUUUAGCGGAAUUAAUGCGUGAACGACGUCAACGACGUAGAGAACAAGCACGUUUAAGUGGUACACAGUUUUCUGGCGAUAUUGAUGAUUUAGAAAGUCAAGAAGCAUUGAGUAUUGAUUAUUCCUUUGAUGGUAUUCCUGAUACAACUGAUCAUUCUGUUGAACAUAUAGGAAUUGGACGAGCAAUUCUACGGGAAGAAGCUGAAAGUAAACGCCAAUCACGUUCACAAACCUAUUUAGACCCAGUGUCAGCGUCCAGAACUCCAAGUGCAUCAGUUGAACCGUCAUUUAAACCACGUUAUGCAACUCACCAGUUUGCAUUAGCAAAUCGUGAUACAAUUAAUAUGGGAGGAGCAACAGUAACAAUGAAUAUUCCUACCGAUUAUCAUCAGAAUAAUGCAUCACGAUACAACAUUAAUCCACCAAUUUUCAUUCCUGGUAGUUCAAUUAAACCUGGCUAUACUGGUGGUCAAUUAUCUUGCAACGAUCAAUUAAAGAGUAAAACAUUAUCAAUGAAUUAUCCAAUUUCAUCACUGUCAGUUGGAAAUGGGGGUAUUAGACAACAAUCGACCAAUCGAAUAUUGUUAAAUAAAUCUAAAGGUGUUACACUGGAUGGUCAUUCUCAUCUUUCACAUCAAUUGGAUGUGAAUGGGACGAAAUUUUCAAACGGCAACCUGCAACUAAGCAAACCUGAUAAUACUCAAUCAAAUACCAGUGAUUCAGUACGAAUUUAUUCACCAACAUCCGAUCAUCGCAAUGCAUCAAUAUAUACUACUAGUAUACUUCAUGGAGUUAAACAUAGUGGUACUACUACUUCGAUUCUAAAUGGUCAUUCAUCACAAUAUCUACAACAACAUAAUCUGAUAGAUUCAAUCAAUGGUAAAGAUUUCGAUGCUGAUCGUCGUCUGAUUGGAUCUAGUCCAAGUCAUCCCACUAUUCAGUUUUCAUCAUCAUCACCAACUGCUAUAUCUCAUAAGAAAUCAUCUUUACCUCAAUUGAUACCAUAUGAAAAACUGAAAGAAUACAAAGGGAUGUAUCCCAAAGGAAUUGAUCGUACAGCUGUAGAGACACAUUUAUCCGAUGAAGAAUUUCAACAGGUUUUCGCUUUAUCUCGAACAGCAUUUUAUCGUCUUCCAGAAUGGAAACGUAAUGACUUAAAACAUAGAGCUCAGCUUUUCUAAUUCUACUACAACUAGUCAGUCAAUUGACUAAUCAUUUUAUUUUUUUGAAGAAGAGGAAACAAUAAGUCAACAUACAUCAAAACAACAAAAUACUUGUGAAAAAUAACAAGAAAGAUUUAUUCCUUUACUAGUGUGGUAAGUUUUCGUCACCAGACUUUCUUAUGAAAUCUAUACAGGAAUCCGUUUGUUUGUGUUUAGUUGUCCGGUUUCAUUCUAUCUAAAAUCAAAUUAUUCAAUCUACCAAUGUUUAAAAAUAUCAAUACAUUUGGCGGUUAUCCCGGUCUUUCCUAAUUUCUUUAUCUCUUACCUAUUUUCAUGUAUUUAUCUUCAGUAGUUAAUUGUUUAUUAAAAGAAAAAAACGAAAAUAAUGAGCUUCGUUAAAAUAAACAAAUAAAUAGCAAUUCACUAGACAUUGAUCACUUUUUCGAAAAUGUUUCAAUUUAAUUUCGUGGCACCAAUUACCUUAAAACUGGAUAUUCAUUCAUUUUAGCUUGGUUCUCUCUCUUUGUGUGCAUAUAUAAACAUGCAUUUCGGUGUUUUUAGGUGUUUCAAUGAGUAUGAAUGUAAAUACUUCAGGAUAUUUCCCUUUUUAUUCCCUAUUCACUUCUAACAUUAUACUCAGAUUGCAUACCUAUAGAAUACUUUAGUUUUCUGUGUGUAAUGUUUACAUUUCCAUGAACAAUUUUCGCACAUAUGCACACAAGUUCAUUCAAAUGAUUUUUUUCACUUGUUGAUUCAUUUUAUUGUUUGUUUCUAAAUUAUGAUUUAUGUUAAAUAAUCCAUGUGUCAUUCAUAACACGUCAGCAGCAUUUUUGUUUAAGCAUGUGAAAAGAAAAAUUGUUGUUAUGAGUCUUUCAUUUGUUUUUCUUCUCCAUAUAAAUACAUAAUAUGGGUGCUUGUUCAAUUUAGAUUGACCACUCUUAAAACAAAUCUUUACAAAGACACAUUUAUAGAAUGUCAGGGAAUAUCAACAUUUUCUGUUCCAAUAUCAAUCCAUACAAUACAUCCUUCAUAAUAUGCAUGCAUAUGAUUCGUCAUAUUUUUAUUCCUCCUCAUCAACACCAAACUAUGCGAUUAUACAUAAAAACAUGAGUAAAAUAUUGCACAACUAGAUCUUUUCUAUUGUUGUGAUAAUUUUCCACCUCACUAUUUUUUAAUGACCGUUCAAAGUAGUUAAACAACUUUGAAGUUAUUAAUACCACUGACCAUGAUCCAUUUAUAGCAGUACCAGUUAUCGUUUACCAUAUCUAAAAAAUGUUCUAUUGUUAUUCACCAUUAGCAACGGCUCAGCAUCAAGUAUGUCUUCUUUUUUUAGAGAAAAACGUUAUCUAGUUCGUUUGCAAAAGAAAUUUGUGUAUUUUCCUUCUUAGAGAAGUUUGUUUUUAUUAAACUACUUUUUAUCCGUGAGCGCAAAACUCAACAAAACAGUUAGCCUGCUUACAAUUAAAACAUCUAUUAUACGUGUAACUAUAUGUAUCUCUGUAUACGUACACACGUAUACCCAUAUAUAAACUUGAAUUCAUCAACUUAAGCAAUUGGUGUUUGUGUUUUGCUAUCCAUAUCAUUUUUUUCUUUUCUAUAUAAAAUCACACCAAUUAUUUUCAACAUACAGAGUUACGCACAAUCCAAUAAAGAAACCUAAUAUUUAUCAGUUUCACCUAAAAAUUACAGUAACAUUACGAAAUAUGAAAAAGUGUACAUUCUGUUUUACUUUAUGCUUUCGUACUUGUCCCCCUCACCCACCUUCUUUAUUUCAUAUCUUCUCGUCGAUUGUUUUUUGUUUGAAAUAAUACAUCGUGGUAAAAAGAAACGGGUUAGUAUGUACAAAACGAGCUUAAAACAGUUGCCAAAAAUUUUCAACUAACUCUUAGUCCAUCACAAAACAGCUUUUGCAAAUGAGUAAUUUAUGAAGAGAAAAACAAUAAUAUCACAUAGGAUAAAUUGACUUUACACAUUUUGUGGAUCUACUUACAUAUACAGAAUAAAUUACCUAAAAAUUAAAGGAACGUCAUAUAAAUUUGUCUUUAUCGACAAAGAUUAUUCUCUUCAAACUCUAAGGAUCCAAAUAGAUUUUAAAGAGGCCUCAUACUGUUCUCGGUCAGGAGGUGUAGACUUACGGCUUUUAUUACAACCAUAAUACAUUGUAGCCAUAUGGAUAAAUGAAUUUCGUGCAAAAAUGCGAGAAGCAUUGUUUGAUUAGUUCAAUAAAAUAUAGUACCACCAAAUUGAAUUUUCUUUUGUCUGUUAUUCGUAAUCUACAGAGACAGAAUUGAACAACUGUUAAAUUAAACGUUAUUGUUUUUACUCUAUGGUAAAAUAAAGUAACUCGUAACUAUUUAAGAUGUUCUAAGUAGUAACAAAGGUAUUUCUACUGCUCUUUGUACGGAAUAUCUGAAUUUCAGACAAAUGUCUGGUGGUCGCAUCCUUGGUCCUGAUUGGCUUAUCCAUAUACUAUGCUUUUACCAAAAAAUCAAUUGAAGUUGUCCAUGUUAUUCGUUUUUGUAAAAAUUCGAUUAACUUUUUUCUUUGUAUGUGUAGAUAUGUACAUCUACAUUUUGUGUAAACAACGUAUAGGAUUUAGAUACAAUUCAUUCACGUUCAACCGCUGUGAUAUUGAUAAACUCUAUUUUCAGAUUUAGUAUCGAACAAAUAGUUAUGAAAUUUAACUGGUCAAAUUAUCAUGAUCAUGUAUGAAAAUAUAUGAUUAGAAUAAAGUCCUAUUUUUUCGCCAAUCAGUAAUCGUUCCAAUCGACCUACCAAAUAUUGGCUCGUGUAAUCGGCUCUGUAUUUCACUAUUUAUGCGGGGGCUAUUGAUACAAGUACCUAGAUGUCUAAGUUGAUGCAAAUUGAAUUGUGCCAUCUUGUAGUUCAAUGUCUUAGCUAUUAAACCACCUCUCUAUCUGUUCAUCACACGAUAGACAGGCUUGAUAUGUUGUAUGGUUUGUGUUCAAAAUACUGCUUGUUCGACUCAGUUUAACAGUAGAUUGUAUUUUUUGUAAUCAGGUAAUGAACUGUAUAGCGUACUAAACCAUUGCGAGUUAUUUUCUUAGCUGUUUAUUCUACAAUUCGAAGUGAGACUUUUUCAUCUCAGUUAUUCCACAUGUUACCAGAACUGGACUGUGGCUAGCAGUGAAACUCUGGAUACAUGUUUUGUUGUAUAUAAGACCCGUUGGUUGAGGUAUGUGUAACCUAGUGUUGUUUUUUACAUUGCAACUCGGUUCCAUUACCUUUCAUCACAUACUCUUACGCAAUAUUCACUGGUAUACUGACAUCAGGUAAUCAACUUGGUCAACUGGCAUGAUGUUAUUUAGUUUUUAUUCUCCCUUUUUUGUCAGGACGAAAUACUUAUCUUAAGUUGUGUAGCUACAAAUGAAUUUUGCUGAAACUAAUCAAAUUUUAAUAUCGAGGCAAUCCUCCCAUAUGACAUAUCUAUAGAGACUAGUUAACUAUAAUUCUUAUCUAUUGAGAUUUUGAACCAAUCAAUGUUGGAGCACCACUGAAAACCUGGGAGCACUUGACAACCGUUCUGUUUCAGUAUGGGACUGGUGAGCAGUGCACAUUCACGAUCCCACGCACGGACGCUUAACCUCCAGACCACUGAGCCACGAUCCAAC